GUUUUGUAAGAAUUUUCAAUGGGGGAGGUAUUCUUUUGAUUACAUGUUACAAACCAUCGCACACACGAUGGAUCAUUUUAAUGGUGUUGUCACCAACAACGAGAAGUACAUAUGGCCGGUUGCGGGUUUCUGUCUUCCGAUAGAGGUUAGUUACAAGUUAUAGUAAUUGGUGAUUGUUUGGAAUACUGGUAAUACUGGGAAUACUAUUUAUUAGGAAUACUGUUUAUUAUAGGAAUACUGGUAAUACUGCAUAUUAGAAAACUAGUAAUACUGGUAUUACUGUUGAAUCUAAAUAUAUGUUUUUUUAUUCUGUAGCUUCUUGCAUUCGAGGCAAUCCCACUGUUGAGGGAAAAAUUCAUUGAGGACAUUGCAGGAGCAGAUGAGGGAUGUCCUAGGAUGUGCAAGGUGAAGUUCAAGAAGAACCAUUUGAAAGGCAUUCCUCUUGAUACUAUUAAUCAUGAAUUGGGUACAACUCAGGUCAUUGAUUGUAUCGUCUCACCUAGAAUUGAAGAGCACGCACUUAUGAGAGCAAUCACGGAAGAAGAAGACGACGUUGACAUAGCUGAUCCGGUGGUGGAAAGUUGGUUGAAGCGUCAUAAAGAGGGCCGUCUAAUUAGGUUUGAAGAGCUGUACCAACAGGAUCUACAGGCCCGAGGAAUCAUCGCAGGACCAGAGAUUGCGGGUGGUGAGGAUAUUCCCGCAGUAGAUGGACAAGAACUCCCGAGUUUGGCUGCUGUGGUGGAGAUGAUUCAAGACAUGAAAGUUGGGAUGACAGAUCAGCUGAAUGAAAUCCUAGUAUUGAUUUCAGGGUUGGAUGAUACAGUUAACUCGUUGGAUAAAAGAGUUAAAUCGUUGGAAGCAUUCAGGGAGGCGCAGAAAGUAGAUAAGAGAAAGGAUCAAGAAGAGAAGAAUCAAGAGAAGGAUGGUGACCCGGAAGAGACAACCCAAGAGAAGGAUGGUGACCCAAAAGAUACAACCCAAGAGAAGGAUGGUGACCCACAAGUAACCAAGAUGACGACUCGGAGCAAGAGACAGCUUGGUUGA